UAGAAUCUCUCUGUCCUGUACGUUUCCAGUUUCGAAUUGAGACCUGCAAUAUAUCGCUGGACUACUGAGGUGACCGUCCCUGUAUCCAUUGAUAUACUGCAGCAGAGGUUGACGCUGGUCUCGGAGAAAAGAAAGAUAAUCCCGAACGGCCAAACCAAAGCUAUCGUCACCUAACAUAACAUACCGGCCGUCGAUAUCCCAGCCUUCCAUCAUUCACAAUCUUCACCAUCAUACAUCACUACCCCGACAAAUCUAGGGGCUCUGGUACCUCAAGAGUUAUCUCUAGAUUGCAUCUAGUUGAGCUCCGUCGUCUCUAUCACCGCAGCAACACUACCAUCACCAACCCGUAACGAGACAGUACACCGACGACACCAGCGCCCUUCGUCUAUCCUCUCUCCCUUACAUUUACACCAUGCGAAUACCAGCAGGCCUCUCUUCGAUUAUUCUCUCCGCCGCUCUACUACCGAGUCUAAGCGCUGCAAGCGGCUUCGACUGCGCCCACAUCAACGUCGACGGGUUCAAGUACGACCUAAGUGAGCUAGGCGGCGUCCACUCGCUCUACAAUGUUGAGAAAACAGAGGAACACGUCGUGAACACCACAUAUGUACUCAAUAUAUGUAACAUUCUGAAGGGGGCUUCGAUCAAGGGCCACCUGAAGUGUGGGACAUCGAAGAACAUUUGCGGAUUCCAAUACAAAUACCCGGUCGACGGCUCCGAAGAAACAAGCCGUGCCUUCCCCAUUGUCGGACUCGAGCAUCUUGGUCACGGAAGCAAAGACCCCGAGAUCACCCGGUUGAAGAAGCUCGACCCGGAUGAGGAGGGUCUACUGGUCAAACUCUCUGGAGGUAACUACGUCGAUGAUGAGGGGAAGAAGAAAGACGCGGGCGCGGUGCUCGAGUUUCAAUGUGACCCCGAACGGUCGGGAUUAGAAGGUCUGAAGACGACCGAUGAGACCGACAACGAGAAGAAAGAGGCCGAGCGGAGACGCGCAGAAGGAGGAGACGAUAAAGAACAGCCACCGGUCGAGGAGAAAGACCGGUCGCUCCAGUUCAAGAGUUUUGGAAAGGCCGAUGACGACUCAUAUGUGCUCAAACUGAACUGGAGGACCAAGUACGCCUGUGAUCAUUACCUGGAAGAAAAAAAAGGUGACUCAUCUAGUCACUGGGGUGUCUUCACUUGGUUGAUUAUCAUCCUCUUCCUCUGCAUCGCUGCCUACCUUAUCUUUGGCUCCUGGCUUAACUAUAACCGCUACGGCGCCCGAGGAUGGGAUCUCCUCCCUCACGGUGACACUAUCAGGGAUAUUCCCUAUAUCUUCCAGGACUGGCUCCGUCGAGUGGUCAACACGCUCCAAGGAUCGGGGUCCAGAGGCGGUUACAGUGCGGUAUAAUGCCGUGAGAUAUAGCGUGGUGCAGGCGUUUCUCUUUCGCUCAUUUACGUUGGGACUUGGUAUUGCGUUUUGUUUCUACAGCACGGUGGGGCCGUGUGUGUGUGAUAUUAUCUCAGAAAAUCUAUAUAAGAAGUAGCUGCAGACUGGGUUGGAUUGGGCACGUGCAUGAUAGGUACUGUACGAUGAAUGAUAUGCAUCGGUCUUUCUGGCUUCUCGCUUUAUAUAUUAUUAUACAUUUUGAAUAUUAGACAUUGACUGAAGAGCACGAAGAAA